AUGUUCACCAUUAGGCAUCUUUCGGCUGCAAUCAUCUUGCUCUUCGUCGUCACUGGGUUCUCCCAAGCCCGCCGUCAUCACAUUCGAUCUGGAAGUUUUCCAGACGCUCCUUGUGUAGCAACGUUGAAGAAACCCAAUGGGGGAGAUGACAAACACCGUAAAUGGUAUUCACCAUGGGAGGUUACCGACCACAACUGGAGAGAAGUUUGGCCAGCCGGAUCCAUGGGUAUCAAAAAUGCCACAUUGUUCGAAGGAGAUGGAACAGCUUGUCGUGUCGAUUUUGAGGUCAAUCUCUACAGUUGUACUUUUGAUGGGUCGGCUUAUGGGGUCAAUUUCACUGGAAUCGAACUUCAUCAUAGUCAACCAUCACCUCUACCUGGAACUGCCGAGGCGAACAAGACGGGUCCCAUCACUUGGAAAAAUUGUCCCGAGGGCUUGAAAAUCCAUCUAGACUUUUAA